AUGAUUGCUUACCGAAUCACACAAAGAGAACUGAACUUCACUACUCGCAAUAUUGCUCGUCAUUUUGAAGAUCCUCAAAGCUGUCCCUCCAUAACAAAAUCAUAACCUCCAAUCAGACUUUAAAACUACGUCGUAAUGUAUGAGUGAUCAUCGGUCUAAGGAAAUACGUUUGCAUACAAGGUAUUCCGAAGAUCUUUUAUUGUACAUACAGGGUGUCCCAGAACUCAACGUCAAGUCGGCAACGGGGCACAGACCAAGUCGUGUAUUUUUCAAAUUGUAGCCUUUAAAAAAAAUCGGAAAAACUAAAAAAAUCUACACUAAGUGAUGAUCUCCCAUUACUACAAAUUAAUUUUUUUUUCAGACGGAGUGACGGAAAGUGUCAUUCUACGUAGUAUUCGUCAACACCUGUUUUUCAGUCAUACAGAAUUUUUGUUGGCUUCCGUGAAAAUUUAAAGUCUUAUUCGAACACCAGGGUAUCAAUAAUGCCUAAAACUACGGUCGUGGAUAAAAAACGCAAAAAGUGGAAUGAAGAGAAUAUGCGGAAAGCAGUGAUAGCAGUCAGGUGCAAACAAAUGAGUUAUUUAAAACAUACAAUGUUCCUCGAGCUACACUUUUCAGGCUGUGCAAAAAGAAAAUGGAGCCUGAAGUCGUGUGCCGUACCAAACUAGGCC